AUGUCAGCCAACGGCACCACUGAGCCUCAGGGCACCAGUGACAUUCUCGACAACGGCAAAGGCAAAGGAAAAGCCGUCGAGGAUGUUGCUCUAGCACAAGCUGAUGACGACUCCGACGAGGAAAGUGGCAUUGAAGAGCAGCAAGAACCAGAAGAUGAUGACGAGGAUAUGGAAGAGAUCGACCCUUCAAACAUCGUCUCAGGACGCACUCGCAACAAGCAGAUCGACUGGGCUGAGGCUGAAGAAAAGUCCAAGGCCGCUGGUGAUGACUUUGGCGAUGAGGACGAAGAUGAUGAUGAUGACUUCGUUGAAGCCGAGGAUGAUGAUGAUGAAAUGAGAGAUUGA